AUGGCUAAGGCAGCUGCUAAAGGAGAAAAUUCAGCAAAAAGGCUGUUAUCAAGAUGGACAACUGGCAGAUAUUCCACAUGGAACUUUAAGAUAUACUAUAGUGAGCUGGAACCAGAAAGGUUAAAGCAGGAUAAUCAUAGACAGAUUGCAGAGAAAAGGAAGCUUGAGGAAGAUAUGGAUGUGAUGAGGUGCAAGAAGGCAAAAAUUGAAGGGAAGUUGAAACAAGCUUUGGCCAAAAAUAAAAGAAUUGCUGACCCUUACAAGAAAAAAUUUAAGGCAUUAACAAAGAAAUUGAUACGGCAACAAAGAAAGCAGAAGACAUCAAGAGGUCUAUCGAAAUCAAAAACCUUUUUUGAGUACAGCAAACGGCAACAAUCUAGAAUCCGAAAGCAAAUGGUUGAUGACUGUGAAACUUCUUUGGCAUUCCUAGGUCUUCAUAAUUUUGUAGCAACAAAGGUCGAGGUUUACAACGAGAAUAACCAGGAAUAUGAAACAAUCAAUUUGGUAAAUAAUGAAGAAAUUAGCACCUCGUCUCACACUGAAACACACUCACUAAUGAGGAACUUGAUGACAUCAAUUUGUUAUUGUACACAAAAGAAUGGUUUAAUCUCUCAAACGAUGCAUAUCAUGAACUGUCCAUGA